UCUUCUAUAGUAGAUGCAAUUGAAUUUGCAUUUUGUUUUCCACGUUAUGAUAAAAUAUCAAUUCAGCGUCUUAAGGAGGAUAUCUGUAACAAAUCCAAUAUUAAAGAUAAUGAUAAUUCAAGAACUUGGGUUAGAUUGACACUUAAUUUCAAUGGAAAGGAAAUAGUUUUUCAACGAUCAGUUGAUUACAAUGACGCAAUUUAUAUAUACUCAAUUAAUAAUACAGAUGUAAAUAGAAAGGAUUACAAAGCACGAAUGCUAGAAUGUAAUAUAAAUAUUAAGGCAAAUAAUUUCUUGGUUCAACAAAAUUCCAUAGAAAAUAUUGCAAUGAAAGGUACAAAAGAAAGAUGUGAAUUUUUUGAACACAUAUGUAAUUCUAUCGCCUACAAGGGUGAAUAUACGAGUUUAAGUAAAAAAUUGCACCGAGCUCAUCUUGACAUAGAACAAUUAAAAAAAGAUCUAAACUUUCAAUAUAAAUUAAAGAAGGAACUUUUAAAAACAUCGAAAGAAACAGAAAAGUAUGAUAAAUUACAGAGGGAAUUAACUAAAACUGAAUUUGAUUAUUAUUUAUUAAAAUUGUAUCAAAUUGAUAAAACUAUCGAUCAGUUUAUUGAGAAACAAAACGAAGCCAAAAUAAGCAUAAAUAUUGCAGAAAAAAUAAGACAAUCUAAAGAAGAUGCUUUAGUUAUACUUAAAAAUCAACUUAAUAAUCAAGAAUCUUAUCUAAAAAAAGUCGAUGACGAUUGUGAAAAUGUUCGAGUUAAAUUGUCAAAGUAUUCAUCAAAAAUGUUAGAGCUUAUACAAAAAAAUUCACAUUCUCACGAAGAAAAUAUAAAAGACCUUAAACGCCAAUAUCACGAUAUUCAACAAAGUAAAAAAAAUUAUGAAAAAUCUGAAUCUCAGCACUGUUCACUUAAACUAAAAGACGAACAGUGCGUUUCAUUAAACGGAACAUACUAUAAAAAGGAUGGCCAAUUUUCUGGUGGAUUAGCUAAUUUAUUACAACAAUUAAAGCAAUGGAACUAUAAAGAAUACGAAGAUCUAAAAGAAAAAAAGAGAAUGAAAAGUAAUUUACUACAAGAAUUGCAAAAACAAAUUACUGAAAAACAAAAAUAUAAGGAUGAGUUGACGGUUGAAUUAGAAGCGGUUAAAAGAUGGUUAGAAACAAACUUAAGGCCUUUUAUUGCAAAACACACAAAUGAGCUGUUGAUUAAAGAAAAGAGAUUAUCAGAAUUAGAGAAAGAACUUGUUUCAUUGAAAACUAAUCCGAAUAUUGCAAAGCUACAAAAAAAGUUAGACGAUAAAAAUAAUGAAUUAGAAAGAAUGGAAAAUGAGAAGAACCUAAUUGAAGAUAGAAUAUUUGCUAGGUUUUGUGAUAAAUUUCAUAUUGACAAUAUACGUCAAUAUGAACACGGGGACUUGAAGUAA